AUGCAAAGGUCACUGCCAAACAUUCUAAUUACGGGCACUCCCGGGUGCGGGAAGUCGACGUUGUCAACUGAGCUUGCUGCCGCUACUAAACUUAAUUAUAUUUCCGUCAAUGAUGUCGCGAAGGAACAAGAGCUGUACGAUGGAUAUGAUGAGGAGAACGAGUGUCAUGUUCUUGACGAAGACCGUGUGAUAGACGAGCUGGAACCGAAGAUGCAAGAAGGCGGCCAGGUAUUCUGUAAUUUUGGCCGUUGUUACUUAAGAUUGUGGAUUACCACUCAUGUGAUUUCUUUCCCGAACGCUGGUUUGACGCCGUCUUCGUCCUCCGAACAAGUAACGAAGUAUUGUAUCCCCGACUGUGCUCGAGAGGGUACAAACCCAAGAAGAUCCAAGACCUUAUACACUGUGAGAUUGUCCAGGUAUUGUCGUUAGCCUUUUUGUGAGAUUCUGUUGACAGUUAUGAUUAGUCGGCCGUGAACCGGUCGUUUAUCAAUGAAUUGCGUUUUGUCUUAAAGUUAUGACUUUACUCGCCAGCGAAUAAUCUGACAUGACGCGUGUUUCUUCCAGUGGCUGCUCGGCCCAACGCGUAUAUAAAUAUAAAAUCUCGGCUAAGGAAUGGGAGGGGUACAGUAGCGCAGUUUUUCGGAGUUUUAGAGGAAUGUAGCACCCUAAGUGUGCAUAUACACCUCUUACCUGUCACGGGUGUUGCCCAGUACAUUACGUCGCCACGGACUUCGAGCUGCGAAGCGUGCGUGCGUGCGUUCAGCGCCGACGGAAGUUACAUUCGGGCGUCCGCAACUUUCUGAAUCGCCGAUUUGGCACAGUAAGUUGGCUCUGGCUGACUUCCACACAGAACGCGCUUAGUCGUUCGCGUCUAUAUUACUCGUGCGUAGAGUUGCGCGCAGGCCUAGAACCAGCCGUGGGGUAAGGGCUCUAAACCUCACAAAACGUUUGUAUGGAAUAGACAUCUGCUGGUUUCAUUCGCCAUCUAAUUGGGGUUGGCCCUGCGAUUUUGGUUAUUUGGUUACGCAAACUUCGUCUUAGCCUCCACAUGAAGACUAACUCUAGUGCAUUCUCCCCUUGCCGGAGGUACAUCGUCCAAGUCCGAGUCCAGUACGCAUUAAACGCUUGUUCCCCGUGCUCGUUAUCGUCAGUCAAACGUGUGACCUUGGCCGCAGGCGACACGUUUGUACCUCCUUCGUCCUACAUUAUUUUGGUUGUGCCUAGUUCUCUUGCACUACCUUGUGUUUAUUAGCCUCCCGUGAUAGCAUACCCCAGUUAAUUUCCUAUUGUCUGACGGUACUGGAUGUCUUGUGGUUGUUAGACUGAACUGCCUCCUCAUAUUUUUCGGGGAUAGUUUCCGAAACUUGUCUCAUGGGUCUACGUUGUAAAACCAACCCGCAUGUGCCACUGUCCUCAACGUCUACACUCCUCUCUUAUUUGGAUAAGAGGAGUUCAUUUAUUCUGCACAUAUUUUAGGCAAUGAAGAUUGAUUCUUUUUGGCGGCGAGUCGUCAAACCCCGCAGCACAUUGUAUUCCUUUGUGGACCAUGGGGAAUUACGGUCGUGCGCUCGCAGCUUUGUACACUUGCGUGAUGUGGUUUUAAAAGCCUAGCGUAAUUAACGUCCGCCAUGACUCAUUGGUGUGGGUUAGCGGUUAUUCCUCCACGAAACACGCAACAAAAUCUGCCCAGUACAGUCCGCUGAGAAAGAACCAAUUAUGAUGCCAACUGGCGUAGUCUUUGUUGCAUAUAUUCAUGUGUUCUUGUGAAGCCUGAAUUAUUAGCUUGUAAAUUGCCAUAUGACAAUCCAUUCACCCGCCUUUGGCACAGGCGCAGGAGAGAGCGUCUAGAUCUUCACAGGACUUAUUCAAGUCAUCGUUGCUUUCCGUGGUAGGAAAGUAAACGUCGUUAAUGAUGGGAAACUUCUUCUGGUGGAGCGCAGACCUCGUUUAGAUGCUUUCUGGCGGGCUUGUUCCCGAUGGCGAAGGCGAUGCCAGAAUUGUGGCAUUUAUCCUUGAAACAGCCGCUCCGGGAGAUGUGUAAUCCACACUGACCUCGUUCAGCUCUCUUGGUGCUUAGAAGCGAGUCUGACGGAGCCUGGCGAUAUCCGCAUUAGAACGAACUCGUUCUCAUGCGAUCGAAGCGGUUAUUCUCUGAUCGCUUGGCCAUUAGAAUAGAGGAUAACGGACAUUUAGGGUUGCCAGAGUGAGCGAAGUCACUUUGCUAUAAAAAGCAAGAGAAGGGCGGGUGUGGGGAUGUUACUUUAUCUGGUGUUCCAACCUCAUGUUUAACGUCCACGAUCAGCCUGCAGGUGUGGUUAUCAACGUUUGUUUAGGGUGCCAGUUCUAUUCCUAUUCCUCAUAUAAAGGUAGUUAGCGGUUCCCCUAAUGAACUACUUAGGCAUCCCCAGCAGCUACCGGCCUCCAUUAUGGGUGGCGCUCUUGGUUUCAUAAAAAACACCCCGAAGUAACCUGGGCCUCCUACAGGGUGAUCGCCGUUAUCUGCAUCGCUUCUAGAGUUAGGUGCGAGAGUGGGAGUCUAGGAGCUUUGGUUGACCAAUGUCUGCGUGUCACCACAAGACUGUUUCACCCUCAAUGGCCGUAUCAUAUUUUACGCACAGCUGCACCUUUGGGGAAGGGCCUGCCAGUCACCCUCACCUAGUUUAGCCCACCGGCUUAAUUGCUUAGUAAAUUUUGGCUGCUGGGUCGAGCAAAAGUUCGUGGAGUUGCAUAUGAAAGCUAUGUCGGUUAGGGGUCGGGCGGGGCAACUAUCACCGACACAAUGUGUGUCCCUUGUCCUAACGCCCAUUGUGCCCCAGGCAACGGUCUGGUGUCCGGUAGAUUGCAUAUCUUGAAGGAUUGUCUUCAUUCGAAAUAAACGCCUUCGAGAAUCCGCACAUCAACCAUCUGUUAAGAAGUGUUGUCCUACAUUAUCAGAUUAUUAUUCUGGCCAUUAUCAGAUCGGUUUUUUUCGGCAUCUAAUUUGCGUAUCGUUUACCGACCAGGUGAUCCUUGAUGAAGCCCGUGAAUCCUAUGCUCCGGAAAUUGUCCACGAACUACGGAGUGAAACGCUUGACGAUCUACAAAAGAAUGUGGCUGACAUCUCCGCUUGGAUCCAACAGUGGAAAGUCGAUCAUGCAACUUGA